UCAUAGGCACAAAACACAAUCAUGUGACAUGCGCACUCGGCCCUGUUGUUGAGUUUGUUAUGACAAGUCGAGGCCUCGGACUAAAUUAGGAGCGAAGCCCCCCGUCUCUGUCCGGGCGAAUCCGUGAUGGAAGGCAUGGACCUGGACCUGGACCUGGACCAGGAGCUCAUGCAGAAAUUUAGCUGCAUGGGUACAACAGACAAAGACAUCUUAAUAUCGGAAUUUCAGAGGCUCCUCGGGUUCCAGCUAAACCCCGCCGGAUGCGCCUUCUUCCUGGACAUGACCAACUGGAAUUUACAAGCAGCCAUCGGAGCCUACUACGACUUUGAGAGUCCCAACAUCAGUGCACCGUGCAUGUCCUUUGUGAGCGAUGUGACGAUUGGCGAGGGCGAAUCAGUUCCACCGGACACGCCUUUCACAAAGACCUGGAGAGUACAGAACACGGGUGCAGAGUCGUGGCCUCCAGGGGUUUGUUUGAAGUAUGUUGGCGGAGAUCAGUUCGGUCACGUGAACAUGGUGAUGGUGCGGUCUCUAGACCCUCAAGACAUGGCCGACGUUAGCGUGCAGAUGCAGAGCCCUGCGUCUCCUGGCAUGUACCAGGGCCAGUGGAGAAUGUGCACAGCCACCGGACUUUACUUCGGAGAUGUCAUUUGGGUGAUCCUGAGUGUGGAGGUCGGAGGCCUUCUCGGCGUCACGCAGCAGCUGUCCUCUUUCCAAGCGGAGUUCAACACGCAGCCUCACCGCAGCAUGGAAGAAGACUACAACCCGUUCGCCUCGCCGGAGAAGAGCAAGUGCCCCAACAGCAACAACAACAGCCUCCACGAUGCCAGCGGUCAAAGGGUCGCAGAGGAACAUUGGCAGGGAAGCCCCAACCAGCUGCAGCAAGAUCAGAAUGGACUUUCACACAACUCUGUGGACUUAGUAGCAAAUAGUCUACAAAGCAAUCUAUCAGUAGUCUCUUAUAACCAGGUAAGAUCUAUCAAAUCUUCACAUUUCAAUCAUCAGCAGAAUGGCAACUUGAAAGUCUGAAAGCCUUCUAUAAAAAAAAAUAAUUCUGAUCUAUAAAUACAAAGUUGAUUGUAAGGAUAUUUCUUUCUACAAACGCCUUGUAGAUACAUUUAAAAUUGUGCGAGUAAUGAAAGUAGCGCCAAUCGUGAGAAAUAUCUCAUCCAUCUCAUUUCUAUCGGGCUGAUAUACUAUUUGAGUAAUUCAAUAUACUUUUACACAGAAAGCAUUUCUCAAGGCUGCCGUAGUAGAUAAAUUAGGUCGCUCCUCAACGUAUUAACUUGAAACCGCAGGGAAAUUAAUUCCCUCCAGUUUGCCAUUUUAAACGAACCGUCUACAGCCACACUGGCGGAUUUGUGAGGUUAUGAUUGCGUACGGUGAGAUGGAUGCUAAAUCUCUGAUGUUUAGCAGUUUAUCAUUCACCAGGUUAUCAUAUCAGUUUAGCCUUUUCACAUUCCAACAUUUGCAAAUCACGACUACACACAAAGCACAGCUCAGGUUGAUGGCAAUGUCAUUCAAUUAGCAGGCCUGCUAUAAUAGUGUACAAAAAGACCAGCGUUAAUUGUGUCAUGGAUCAGUGUACAAGUCAACAGGAUUGAGAACGCAAAUACAGACAUUCAGGAGAGGGGAGUCCAAACCGCAGGCCUCAAAACACGGGUAGCAGACGCCAAGCAGCGGCACAGGAGAGCUGGAACCCAGAAAGCUGCUUCCGUUUCCCGGCGGUCAGGUGACACCGUUAGAGGCAGGUGAGGCAGGUGGAGAGGAUUUGGAAGUCUUAAGGGCAUCUGGUGGACGGGAGGAGAAAGGCAGGUGUGGAAAGUUUCCUCCGAAAUUCGUGGGAAGUGUCUGGAGGCAGACGGAGCUCAAUAAAAACAACCGAGGCAGGCGUUUGAGCAGUUUACAGACUUUAGCAUUUACAGACUUUACAGACGGCGCAAUUGUAGACGUAAGACGUUGUUUUUGUCUCGUCCUUGUUGUUCAUCGUUUCUCUUCCUCACAGGGUAUACAGGAGCCCUAUCCCUUUGGGCACUCUUAAAUGGAGGGACUUGUCACACUGAAGCAGCACUAAACCUCUGGAGUCUCGUCACACCAACGAGAGAAAGUAGCUGGUCGAGAGAGUGUGGCGAUUCAAAAACACUUUAUGCAAAACCCAGCUCCACUUUGAGAGAAAAACCAGAGGCCAAUGCUCCCCGACGUGCAGCUCAACCAACAUCCCGCCAACCCACCGUAUGCACGUGUGAAUGCUAAGUUAAAAAUGAGUGCUAUGAGUCUUUUGAGUGGUGACUUUUUUCUCUUUUUUUUUCCGUUGGAUUUCUUUUUUUGUGUUUGUUGUCAAGAGUGCAAAUGAAAAUGCCGAUGACGGCGGGGAGGGGGGGCGGGUAUUUGUGAAAAUUGUGUGUAUACGUGUGUGUGUGUGUGUGUGCAUUGUGAAACCUGAAAGAGAGACUUUGGAGGAAAAGCCAUUUAUUUUGCCAACUGAUUCUCCAGUUUCUGCUCUGACUCUUGGUAUAUUGAUUGGGUUUCUGUACCUGUAACUAAAUCUAAUGCUAUCGGCCUCUGAAGCAAUUAAUAUACACUUUUUAACAAAAGGGGGACAGCCACAUCCUUCAGAAAUAUAUAUUUUGCUCAUAUACAUGGCUCGUGGUAUUAUGGGCCAUCAUUUCUAUGCUGUCGUAGUAGCACCAGCAAUUUAAAAAAGGCGUUUUCAAAUGUUCUGCCCUGGAGGGAGUCGGACAUUACUCUUAACACAGAAGAUAUGAUCAGCACUGAUAAGCAUAACUCAUUUAUUUACAUUAUGGCUCCUAUUAUUUGUUAAAGUUUAGACUUCAAAAUUGUACAGAAACGUUUUUUUUCUCUAAAGCCUUGGAAUUUUUUUUCUACCACACAUGAAAUAGAGUCAUUGGUUUUCAUAUAUACACAUCUAUGAAAUAUUACAAGAAUAUUAGCAGAGUAUUCAUUAUUAGUAAUAAUGCAGUAUUAGAGAUUUCCCCACUUAUUGUCGGAAGCUAAGAGUUAUUUUUCUUUUACAUGCUUGCAUUAGAAUGAAGCAUCACAGGAUUAAUGCACACCCUGACAUAAGGCAUCGAAUUCAAGCCAUAUGAGCAGCGGUAAAAAAAAAGACAACGUAACAUUGUUCGAACAUAAAUGUUCUUUUUUUUUUUAGUGCGGUCUUGGAGUUGCUUUUAUCCUAUUAAGUUGAAUGUAUCUGAUGAAUGUAGAAGAGGAUAAUGUUUAUUCAUUUACCCAAAGAUUCGACAUUGUGUAUUUGCAUCGAACUGGCAGUUUUAUUUAUGUAAUUAUUGUUCUGAAUAUUUCUGUCUAUUGUUAAAAUUAUGCUUGGAAUGCUCCACAUCAAGAGUCUCCAAAUUAUUUUCACGAAUCAUCGGUGAGCUUUUUUCUUCUUUUUUGUGUGAAAAAAACCCACAUUUGAUCCUGUUUGAUCCUUUCAGACUUAACUGCGGCA